AUGCCGCUAAGAAUGUCAAAAAUUAUUAUUACUGAUCAGGAUCCAGCAAUGACAAAAGCCAUUUCAGAAGCUCUUCCAAACACAUUUCACAGGUAUUGUAGCUGGCAUAUUUUGAAUAAAUUCUCUGACAAGCCCGAGUGUAUUCUUCACUAUCAACAAUUUAGAGAAUGUGUUUGGGAUUCUGAGAGUAGAGAUGAGUUUGACUUGAGAUGGAAGAGAAUUGUUGAGGACAGCGGGUUAAAUGAAGAUACAUGGUUGCAAUCAAUAUUUAAUAUUCGAUCUAAAUGGGUGCCAGCUUAUGUGAACCACAUUUUCUCAUGUGGAAUGUCUAGUAGUCAGCGAGCAGAAAGUGGGCAUGCAUUUUUCAAGAGGUAUGUAUCAAAAAACAAUUCCUUGGUGGACUUUAUGGUUCAAUUUAAUAGAGGACUUUUACACCAACGACAUUUGGAAUUGAUGGCAGAUCACACUGAUAUAAAUGAGAAGGCAAAAACUAAGUGCCCUAUAAUGAUGGAUAGACAAAUGGCUAAUAUAUACACACGUACUUACUUCUAUAAAUUUCAAGAUCAGUUGUGGGAGAGUUAUUGCAAUAAUGUUGAGCUUAUAGAAGAGAAUGCCACUCACUGCACAUAUAAAGUUGUACAUAUGGAUGACAAAAAGAAAAAAAGAAACCGGCUGAUUGUUUAUGACAAAUAUGCAGAUUUUGCAUCGUGUAGCUGUCAUAUGUUUGAGAGUUUGGGAAUCCCAUGUAGCCAUACUUUGGCAUAUUUGCACAAAAUACGUCAGCUUCAUGAAUUGCCAGAUCAAUAUAUUUUGAAGAGAUGGACUAGAUCUGCUAGAUCUGAUCUUGUGGUUGACAAUGAUGGUGUUGUGAUAUCUGUUGACAAAUCCUUAAUAGGAAAGCGCAGUGCAUUAUUCCAACGAUAUUCAAAUGUGAUUGAUAAAGUCAUCUUAAGUGAUGAGGCCAGUCAGAUCUUCUGUGAGGCAUUGGAUUCAUUGAUUGAGAGGAUUAAACCAUUGCUUCAUGGUGCUGAAGAAGUACUACCUUCUGCAAGGAGAAGUAUUGCUUUUGAAGCUUGUAUAAAUGAACCAGAUCCUGUUAAAGCAAAAGGAAGUGGGAAAAGACUUAAGGGCAGAAAGGAGUUGGCGAGAGAAAAAUACAAAGGUCGGCGUUGUAAUGGGUGUGGAAAAUAUGGACAAACACACGACAAAAGGAACUGCCCUAUGCUUCAAAAAUCCUCUUCAAAUGUUGAAAAAGAUGCUUUUAAUGGCAUGGAUAAUAGUUCUUCGUCACAGGAUGAUGAGUUUUUUGGAUGA